AUGGCCGUUGCAUUAGGCAUAAUACCACGGAUUUUGACGCCUAAUGCAACGGAUUUAAGGGUUGCAAUAGAUAAAAAAUGUAGUAGUGGACUAAAGCUGUGUGGACAAGUGUUCGAAACCUUGGAUGAAGUGUAUGGGAGAUCUGCACAGCUUUAUGCGUUGGAGUUGAAGAAAUGGAAAGAGUUAGCUGAGGUGGAAGGGAAGGAAAAGAGAAAGGAGAUGGGGCAAAACACUGGAAACAUACAAGGUAACCAGAACAACUUCAAGAAGCAAAAGUACCACCAUAACAACAACAAUAACUUCAACAACAAAAACAACAAUAAUUUCCAAGGAAAUAAUUGUCAAGGUGGACGAAACUUUAAUGGAGGUGCUAAGAACUCUAACCAGGGAAAUAAUAAGGAAGGAAGGCGUUAUUUCUGUAGGAGGUGCAGGAAUAAUCACCCUGGAAGAGACUAUGACGGCAACUUAGUCACUUGUCGUGCUUGCAACAAGUUGGGACAUAGGGAGUAUGAGUGCUUCUCUAAAGAUUCUAAUAGAAACAAGCAGGGCAAUAAUCAAGGAGGGGCUCAAAGGAACUUUCAGGGAAACAACAACUAUUCAGGGAACAAAGGGGCACAGUAG